GCAUCUCUAAAUCUUAAUUAAACCAAUCAUACUAUGUCUUAACCUAGGCAAUUCCCCGAUUGGCCAACCACUCUUUAUCAACGCUCCUUUGAUUCCAGCCAAUCAUCGAUCAACAAACAAAGAUAAGGCCCCUCCUGCUCCUGCCUCGUGAACUUCUCCAGCUUAUUCUAGCCUGGGAAUAAGAUGAGAAAGAAACGCGCUGGUACUGCCUCAAGUCUCAGCUCGACAUGCCCUCUACAAUUUCACGCUCGAGGUCGGGAUGCCGAACCUGUCGCUCGCGCAAGAUUAAAUGCGAUGAGCAACGCCCCGUCUGUCGCCAUUGCCUCAAGAGCAACGUUGAAUGCGUCUAUGGGCUACGCCUUGUCUGGCAUGAGGAGUCGCUCUCCAAGGGCAUGUGUCAUGGCCGCCUGGGUGUCUGGUCGAAGAAAGGCCCACUUGGUCGAUCAAACCAACAGCAGCGACUUCAGAAGCUAGAAUUGAGAUCCGAGUGUAGAGUUUUUGAUAGGGCCAAUGUUCGCUCGACAGAAGAGAAGGAUAAGAGGAGUGUAACGUUUUUGAAUACGACGGAACAUGAUGUCAGGGUUUAUCUUGAAUAUGAGGGUUUUGUGGAGAGCCCAGUAGCUCACACACCGUCGUCCUCGUUGAGAAACGCCCCGCACGCAUUAGACUAUGACUCUGCUUUACUUUCAUAUUAUGAAGCAGUAGUCUGCAGCUCAUGCACGCUAUUAGAUGACGCAAGUCAUAAUCCAUAUCGACAUUUGAUUCUUCCCAUGGCCCUACAGUCCGAAGGGCUCUACCACGCCACAUUAGCUGUCUCUGCGCAAAUCCUAGGCCUUGCAGAGCCCAAGUACCGAUUCGCCGCUCUCAAUCAUGGACAUCAAGCAUUAAAAUGCCUGAUAGUCACCCUCAAACGCGGGAAAUGGUCUAACGCGGAAAUAGAUGAGAUAUUAGGCCUUGCCUUGAUGCUAUGCUGGUUCGAAAUCACGGAUGGCUGCCGUCCGUCUUGGGUUAUGCACCUGAAUGGAAUCCAUGCCUUGAUAAUUCGAUACCCGCAAUUGUUCAAACGCAGCACAUCUGGUUUGUAUCGUUUCUUUAAUCGCUACUUUUCCUUUCAUGUGGUUCUGGCUCGCACGGCUUUUCGGGUCGAGGAUGAUCUUUCAUUGCCGAAUGCAAUCGACUCGUACAUGGGCUUCAGUAACUCGCUUCUCCUACUAAUCAACGAGAUCGCCGAUCUUGCCUGGAAGUAUCCAUCGAAAGUUGAGAUAGAUUCCGACAUAAUUUCCAUUCGCAAAAAGGUCCAACUACUACGAAAUUCCCUCUCAAAUUUACAACAAACGCCGCCACCAUUAUGCACAAACAUCAACUUUGAAGAAUAUCCCAAAAACAUAGAAAAUCCGACAGAUUUGUACACACGCACAGUAUCCGAGUUUGAAGCCAUCGCAGAAGCAAACCGUAUCGGCGCUGUUCUUCUCCUCCACGAAGUCUGCUCAUCGCGCCUUCAAAGACCAGACGUAUUCGGUAGCGAUGGGGCAGACACCAAAUCAGACUCCGUUCGACGAAUACUCGAAAUAAUGCUUGAAAACAUCAACCGCAUGAAUCGCACAGCAGCUCUCCCGCUUUGGCCGCUAUUUCUUGCUGGAUGUUGUGCAACUUCAGAGGAAGAUCGGAUUAUAGUAUUGAGGAUAUUCGAAGAGACUGAAAAGCCGAAAAGAUUUGGUAAUAUCACUCCAGCCAGAGAAGUCGUCGAGAUGAUCUGGCGCCAACGAGAUCUCAGCGUGCAAGAUGACCGUAAGAGACGACUGUCAGCUGCGGCGCGGCGCUUCGGGACUGUAAAUUCCACGAAAUCUAGCUACAAUAGGCCAGGAGCGUCAUCCACGUGUCAAAGUCAAUACUCCCAGAGCACUGCUCGACGGUGUGGAGGGAUGUUCGAGUGGGAGCGUGCAAUGUCGAUGAUGGGAGGGUUGAAGCUGAGCCUUACUUGACUUACACGAUGAGGCAUACCACAACUUCAACUAUGUGAAUCUCGAAACUCCGCUACUACAUGCAUACUGACAUACUAUUAUAUAU